UUCAGAGGGGCAGGGUACCCGUCGGGCAGCAUGGAGUCCAAGUCGUCCUUCAGCUACGAGGAGCUGACGAGCAUCACCAGCAACUUCUCCCGCGACAACGUGAUCGGCGAGGGCGGGUUCGGGUGCGUGUACAAGGGGUGGCUCGCCGACGGCAAGUGCGUGGCCGUGAAGCAGCUCAAGGCCGGCAGCGGGCAGGGGGAGCGCGAGUUCCAGGCGGAGGUGGAGAUCAUCAGCCGCGUCCACCACCGCCACCUCGUCUCCCUCGUCGGCUACUGCGUGGCGCAGCAGCACCGCAUGCUCAUCUACGAGUUCGUCCCCAACGGCACCCUCGAGGACCAUCUGCACGGUCACCCGCGGAUCAUCCACAGGGACAUCAAGUCGGCCAACAUCCUGCUCGAUUACUCGUUUGAAGCACAGGUCGCGGAUUUCGGGCUAGCCAAGCUCUCCAACGACACACACACGCACGUGUCGACGCGCAUCAUGGGCACGUUUGGGUACCUCGCGCCGGAGUACGCGUCCAGCGGGAAGCUGACGGACCGGUCGGACGUCUUCUCCUUCGGCGUGGUGCUGCUGGAGCUCAUCACCGGCCGGAAGCCCGUCGACCAGGACCGGCCGCUCGGGGAGGAGAGCCUCGCCGAAUGGGCUCGGCCGAUCCUCGCCGACGCCAUCGAGACCGGCAACCACGACGAGCUGGCCGACCCGCGGCUGGAAGGCAGAUACAACAAGGCCAAGAUGGUGAGGAUGGUGGAGGCCGCCGCUGCGUGCAUCCGCCACUCGGCUCCCAAGCGUCCCCGAAUGGUGCAGGUGAUGAGGGCGCUGGACGUGGACGUGGACGAGGGGAGCAUGUCGGACCUGAGCAACGGGGUGAAGGUGGGGCAGAGCCAGGUGUUCAACAACAGCCAGCAGGAGGCCGCCCUUGAGCAGCUCCGGCGCACGGCCUUCGCCUCCGAGGAGUUCACAGGGGAGUUCGAGCCGUCCGGGGAGUACGGUGCUGCGUCAAUACUAUGAACCAGCCGCGGCCUGCGGGGUGACAAUCGACCAACAUGUUUGUGUGUCUCUUGUAGUUAAACUUCUUCUUUUUCUUUUUUCUUUUUCCUUUUCUUGUAUGUGACUGCCUCUGGUUCAAGAAACUGCUAGAGUUUUUUUUAAAGGGAAACUAGGAGAGUUUUAGCAAAAACUGCCCUACGUCGCAUUGAUUGGUUGAAAGACUUGAA